AAUAUAGCAUUCUAAAACUAACCAAUGAAUUUUUUCUUUACUGGGAUCUCAGAUACCUCGCAUGAUAGGCUGUAGAGUUGGCCUAAGUGACCUAGCCUUCCUCCACUCAUGGGAGUAGACGCCCGACGGACCGACAUCUCGACCUGCGACAUCGACCUCUGACAUCGACUGCGACGCUUCCUCCUUCCAUUCUCUUCUUUAAAAAACAUUUGAUUGAAAGAACAACAGUAAAGUAUCCAUCAGAAAACAUUCAAUGCAGUCAUGUUUCUCAAUAAUGAGUUCAUGCUCUCGUCGUUCAGAUAUUCAUGAUUUUUUAUAGUACACAAUUAUAGAUUUGUUAUGGCUUGGCUCUGCGUCUCCUAGUCAUCCAUGAAUAAGAAAUUUUCGCUUAAUCAGCACGUAAGGAAUUAUCAAUUAUUCUGCUGAGAGACGGAAAAUGAUUUUUAUUUCGAAUGAUACCAUCGACUCCUAUUGACACUUUGAAGAAAACAUAAAUCAUUGCUCGUGGUUUGGUUUAAACUUCAAUUAUUUCCCAAAUUUGUUACACAAUUUUUCUCAAGUGUAACAUCCUUUCAGCUUUUACUUUCCUUAAUUUUACUGAAGUAGCAGUCGCAGGCCAUUAGAUUUUCUCUCCCUAUACUAGCUGGAUUAAUAUCUCAUAUCCCGACUCUUAUAGUUAGUUUUUAGUCCUUAACGAAUAAAAUAAACACGAACAAUUUUGGUGCCAUUCAUGCAAGUCAGUCCACCUACCGCGAGCCACCACAGCUGACACGGGAAACCUGCUGAUACUCAACUUCUACUUUCGCUGACACUUGGCGUUUGACAACAGCCACCACUCACAUCGUGCAGCUGACAUCACUCUGCGAGAUCAAUGAGGAGCUGGCGGGAAGCGGCAUCGUAGUAUGGUUUUAGAGGCUCUGGUCAUGCCUCAACCGAGCCAUGAUCAGCCAGGCAAGCACGGCAUCCUCGCGCUCCCCACACCGGCAGUGUCACCCACAGCCCCUGUGCAGCCCCAGAGCUUCCCCAACCUACGCAGUACCGCCCGCUGCUCGGCGGCUCCUCCCCAGAGCACUUCGGGGGUCCCUAUCCCCAAUCAAUGUAUCCUCACUCCUGACAGGCUAGCUACCACAGAAAACAAGGAAGAUGGCUGCUCAAUCUAUGAAGACAUUCUUAGAUUAGGUUAUUACGGCACUAAUAACAACACAAAACAUAAGCCAUGUUGUGAAGAGGAUAAUUUUUCAAUUUUCGAAAAGUUAGGGGCAAUGGUGAACUUCAAACCAAGCCGUAGAAGAGGCACAGAGCCCCAGGAUUUAGAUUCAAAUAACAACGACUUCUAUUGCGUAGACGAAAAUAUUCAAGUCCAAAGAAAGCGAAGCUUCUUCCGUAAUAGAAAUUAUUUCACUAAUGCCUUAGCAACAAAGUUCUUUAUUGUUUUAUUGCUCGGCUUCAUGGCGAGUAUUACAUUACCAGCCUCAUCAGCAGUCAGUUUACCUCCCCGGGCCCCAACCUUUUACCUUAGAACCAUCCCGACGCGUCCAACGAUUUCGUACACAUCUUCCUUGGCCACAACAUCGACCCGCAGGCAAGAUGGACGACCGCGGACAAGAAGUCCUAGAAUGAUGUCCUCCUCUCCCACUCUUGUCCCCAGCAGCGUUGGGCCAUCCAGUACUUCUUCGCUCCCUAGUGAGGCCAAGUUCGACUUCCUCAAUAACAUUCAUCCGAACGAUACGCUAACUGCAGAAGAGUUCGGCGAUAUUCUCCGAAGUUUCCAACUUGACGCGCUGCGUGCGACGCAGCUGGCUGACGAGUACGGCCUGCUGGAGGACGGGGCGAGGGAGCACCUCGAGGAGCUGGUCAGGGCAGAUGCGCAGCUACAUGGUCCUGGGGGGGACCUCGAUAAACCUAUGGCGCUACCCCUCACAGGUGUUGCCAGACACCGGGACGGUCCCAUGUUCCGGCGUGGGUCACCACGUCCAGGCGGGACGGACACGAUUGACAGGAGGGACUAUGAUUCCGACAUCGAUCGCAACAUCUUAUCAGCUGCCACUCGCCGCUUUUUCUUAGGCGACCCGAACAUGUGCUAUUCCGGCUCGUGCGAGUUCUUCCUUAUGUGCUGGGUCAGCGGAGGACUUAUCGAAGAAGGAUGCGGAGGGUUCCUAUACGCGUGCUGCAACAGACCGGGUCGCGCUCACUACCCUGGAUCCUUCAGCCAGCCUCCCUUUAGGGAUGACCCUAGAGGACUUAUUCCUAUGGAACAUGGGCCGGUGCGCAACGACCCAGCUUGUGGACUGACCGACACUAGCAGGAUCGGCGCUCAGAGGCGCGUGGUGGGCGGCACAGAGGCGGGCUUCGGCUCCUUCCCAUGGCAGGCGUACAUAAGGAUCGGUUCUAGUCGUUGCGGGGGCUCACUCAUCAACAAAUUUCACGUGGUCACAGCUGGACAUUGUGUGGCGAGGGCGAGGGCGAGCCAGAUACGAGUCACGCUCGGAGACUACAUCCUCAACUCAGACCAAGAGCCGCUGCCCGCCAGGGUCUAUCGUGCAAGCGAUAUAAAGGUGCACCCGCGUUUCAAGUUCACCCCACAAGCGGACCGCUACGACGUUGCAGUCAUCAGGCUGGAGGUGCCGGUGCACUACGAGCCGCACAUCCAACCCAUCUGCUUGCCUGAGAAGGGCACCGACUUCCUGGGACACUUCGGCUGGGCGGCAGGAUGGGGUGCCCUCCAAGCAGGAUCGCGACAGCGCCCCAAGACCCUGCAGGUCGUAGACGUGCCCGUGAUCGACUCUCAGCUCUGCGAGUCGUGGCAUCGGCAGAAGGGCAUCAAUGUCAUCAUACAUGAGGAGAUGAUGUGUGCUGGGUACACGAACGGCGGGAAAGACUCGUGUCAAGGAGACUCGGGAGGUCCCCUGAACAUGCAGAUACACGGACGCUGGUACCUCGCAGGCAUCGUAUCUGCCGGCUACUCUUGUGCCAGGGAUCGGCAGCCAGGUAUCUACCAUCGCGUGGCCUACACCUCAGAUUGGAUUUCGUGGGCAGCUUCCUAGCUCUCCGCAGCUUGACUUUUCUGUAGAAGUGGACUGGCUGGGCCUGGCUUGGUGAACUGGACUGGCUUGGUGAACUGGACUGGCUUGGUGAACUGGACUAGUUUGAUUGAUUUAUCAGCAGCUACUGGCUUGGUUUAUCAGCAAAGAAUCAACGACUGAACAGGCGACAGCAAAUCAUUUACCAAAUAGUGUUUGAAUGUUUUGCUCACCUUCAUUCGAUAUAUGUCAGAAAUACACUAAAUAUGUGAACAGCUGAUAAUCGGUGCCAAUUUGGCAUUAGAGGUAAAUAUAAUCCGGCUGUCAUUCUAAAAGUUAUAACCUUAUGUUAUGUUAUGUUCAGAUAAAAAACCUUAGCAGCAAUAUGGCCGAUGCAACAAUUAGUGUCACGGCGUAUAUAUCUUUGCACUCUGGAUUCCUGAAUAUGAAUUAAAGGUACAACUUGAUUUUACUUUUCGAUUAGAAAUCUACCGAGUCAGCAAGAAUUCGCGAGAUUAAAUUAGAAUUCGGUAUUCAGCAUGGAUGUACGAUUUCUGAGAUUAUUGAUUACAUGCCCGGAUAGUUUUCAUUUUAUUUGCUAAUUCAGUGAAAACACUGUAACCCCGAGUAAAUAAACUCAAAAUUUUACAGUACAUAUUUCAUGAAUACCUAGAAAUUUAUUGAAAAGGUCUGCUAAUUGAAAAUCAAAAUUCAAGUAGCUGCAGUUUCUGUGAGAUAUUUUGUUUCGUUAACAAGCAUUGUAAGCAUUUUGUUUCGUAACAAGCAUUCAACCCCAUUGGCGAACGAAGAAUGGAAUGAAGUAGGAUGAAUUGUGAAAAUCAUCAUAAAUAUAUAAUAAAUCGUUUUUUCAUUUGAUAUUUCGAACUUAAUUAGCAACACCACUCUGUUAUAUUAAAACAAAAGUGAUAUAUUUUCAUCGGGAACAAAAUGGUUGCCCGACUUCCUCUGUCUAAAAUCGUAAUCAAUAAUUGACCAUAAGAUUUCCUUGCUGUCUAUGCACUGCUUCAGUGACUAAGACUGACCUUUUAGGCAUAAAUAAUUAAUUCAAAAUAGUAAACAUAAAUGAAGUUUGCAAAGAAACGAAAAAUUUUUAAAUUUAAGUCAUGUUUCUUAAUUUUUUAGUAAUUUGCGUAUACGUAGUUGAGUGUGUAUGAAAUAUAUCGCUGAUAUCUCUAAAAAAAUGUAUACAAGGGUAUUAACUAUAUCAUUGUAACUCGUGAAGUGCUAAAAAAUUAUGAAGAUAGUUCCAUGGAUUCAAGAGGUUUAUUAUAACAGCUUACCCUUCAAAUAUGAGAGGGCAAUGGUGGUAAUGUGAUGUGCCCUUGUAAUAACCAACUUCACACUUUGGAUUAUUAAUGGCCGAUACACGCUGUGUACUUACUUACAAAAGAGAAUAUUUCUAUAAAUUAUUGAGGCUUAUCUGAUAUAAGGAGAUGGCUGCCAAUUUUACUUGUGUUUUACCCGACCUAUAUUGCUCUAUAUAUUUGUUCAUAUAAUUGCUCGAGUCAUUAAUUAGAGAUCGAGUCGUCCUACUUAAUUACUACUUACUUCGUGUUAAUGUCUUGUUUAUGUUUGAGGUCUUGUUGUUCAGUUGUUCUGUCUUUGUCUUGAAUGAUGUGAGAACCUCAUUCUGUCGCUUGUAAUGAAAGCCUUGUGAAUAAAAAUGCAAAUAUCAUCA